AAAAAUAAAAUGUGAUGUCAUUUUAACAAAAUUUAUUUACAGCACGCAUACAUACAUUUAUUCGAGAACAUAUACACACAUUUUGUCUCAUUUGAAUAUCAAACGAUGUUGAUUCAUUAUACUACCAAGAGAAUAUACUGAAUGUGCAGCCUAGAAGAUGAACAUGUAUAAACCCAACUGUGAGUCACCAGUUUUGGUUUAGUUUCUCACAGCAAAACUAUUUUUGUUAUCAUUACUCCUUUCUGCACAUUGGAAUGUUCUUUUAUUACUAAUAUUGUUAUUUAAUCAUACAUUUAUAUAUAUCCUUAUAAUAAUUAUUAUUACUAUUGAUUGAUUGAGUACAUAAUAAAAUAAAACGUCAAUAAAAACAACACAGUUAGUUUUUAAUGUUUAUUGAUAAAAAAUAAAUUGUUAAGAGUACAUAUAACUUUAGAAUUACAACAAUCAAUAAUUAAAAUGAUGUUGAUGUAACCUGAAACCAUAAAAAACUUGAAUUACUUGAAGAGCAUAGUAAUUUUCAAGGAAUAAAUCAAACACAAAUGACUCAUAAGAGGAAAUAAUAUUAAAUAAAUUAAACAUUGAAAGCAGUAUUCCAUGAUGUACUGUUCAUUACUCACUCUGGGUCGUGCUUAUGAGCAAAUAUACUGAGCAAAUGUGAUGUAAGAGUGGUUUUCUGGAAACCACUUCCUUCCUUAGCCCAGCAACUAGUCUCAGUAGACGAUUAGAGUAUGACUUGACUCUUUCCUGAUAUUUUUAUACCAAUCUUUAAAAUAAAGUAGACUUAUAAACAAUGUUGGCAGAUGAAAAUAUAAUUAUUAGUGCCAUCAAGUAUUGUUUAGUGAUCAGUUGGUGCAUUUUAUGCUUAAGUAGUGCAUAUAAUUUGAAUAUAAAUGAAGCUAUAGUUUUCAGUGAUCCUUAUAAACGGACGGUUCGAGGAAGUUAUUUUGGAUGGUCUGUGGCGUUGUAUCAUGGACCUCGUUUUAGUAAUCCUUCAGUGUUAGUAGGAGCUCCUAGAGCAGAUAUUAAAAAUAUUGCAGUUAAUGAACCUGGAAGUGUAUUCAAGUGCAUUUUAGAUGGAAGUUGUAAAGAAUGGAUUGUGGAUAAUACUAAUAAUAAUUCUACAGGGUUUUUAACUUACGGUUCUCAAAUAAGAGAUCAUUCUUGGCUUGGAGCUAAUAUUGCUGUAGAAAAUAAAGACUACCCUAAAGUUUUGAUUUGUGCACCCCGAUGGAUAUUAUCCAUCUGGUAUAUUGUUAACCAACGGUAUAUGACUGGAAUAUGCUAUCAAACAACAGUAAUAUCUCCUUACACCUUUGAAAAGACAAUCGAUGAUAGAAUAAAACCUCUGACAAAUUAUUCCUAUCUAUCUGCAAGAACUUUAAACGGGCAGAUAGUUCCACAUUGGGGUAUGGGAGAACUGGGAUUAUCUGUUCAUACUAUUUCUGAUGAACCCAGAUGGAAUGCUGUGCUGGGUAGUCCUGGAAUGUAUACUUGGUAUGGAGUACCAGUUAUUGUUUCUGAAGUUGAUUAUCAUACCUUUGUACCCACAAUACCAGAUUUUUCAUGGGUUGAUAGAGAAUACUUAGGGUAUGCCGUCACUUCUGGACAUUAUUUUGGUGGUAAAAAACGAGCAUACGCUGCAAGUGCUCCUAGAAGCGAUGACAUGAAAGGCAGAGUUGUGAUUUUUAACGAUGAUGAAUUUGAUAAUGGUUCAACAAUGAAAUUAAAUAUUCUCAGUGGAACUCAACACAGUGAAUAUUUUGGUGCUGCAAUAACAUCUUGUGAUAUUGAUGGUGAUAAAAAAGAUGAAUUAAUUGUCGGUGCUCCCUUGUGGACAAAAAAUGGAGAUGAAGGAAGGAUUUAUGUUUUUUCUUCAAAGUCUAGAAAGCUUCUUGAACUAUCAUCGUGGAUUGAUGGCAAAGUAGUAGAUGGUCGAUUCGGAUCAUCAGUGGUGUGUUUAGGUGAUAUAGACCAAGAUGGUUUCAGUGAUGUAGCAGUAGGAGCACCAUAUGAAGAAGGUCAUGGAGCAGUUUAUAUUUUCAAUGGUCAUUCAAAUGGAUUAUUACAUCAAUGGAGCCAACGAAUAACUGGAAAGCAAUUUCCUUUUUCUCUCCGAGGCUUCGGUAUAUCUAUAUCAGAACCUAGAGAUAUUGAUGGAAACGGGUAUAAUGAUAUAGCUAUUGGAGCUUAUCAGUCAGGACAUGCAGUCCUUCUCCGAACUCACCCGGUUGUUUCAGUAUUUGUUACUCUUUCUAAUAAUGAUAAAAUCACACUUCGCAGUAAUUCUACAUCAUUUAGUAUUCAAAUCUGUUGCACUUAUGAAGGAGUUCAUGCUCCAACUUAUUUGAAAAUCAUUAAAAAAUUAAAGAUUGAUCCUAUAUUAGGAAGAGCAACUGUAGGAAAAUUAAUGCUAAAUAAUGGAACUUAUGACUGGCAUGAUGUCUUAUAUUAUGGUGUUAAUACAUGUAAGAAGUUAGAGAUAUUUUUACAGAGUGACAUGAAAAAUGUAAUAGAUCCAAUUAUAAUAUCAGCAUCACUAGAAUUGAAUCCAAUUCAAGACACAAAUUCAACAAAAUCAAACACAUUUUGCUCGACAUGUCCCGUAUUAAAUAGAUAUCGUUCUAAAAUCGAGGAUUCUUUGAAAAUUCCUUUCGCAGUAGAUUGCGGAUCUGAUAAUAUUUGCUUUGCAAAUCUAACUUUAAAUGUAUCUACAAAUCUAGAGAAUGAUAAUCGAUACGUGAUAGGAACUUCUAAGAUUGUAAAAAUUUUUAUUGAUGUGCAUAAUUAUGGAGAAGCUGCUUAUCAAUCAGAGGUUUCAAUUAUUUUUCCAAAACAUCUUGCUUUAGCUAGUGUUCCUAUUUCAUGUAUUGAAGGUACCACAAAUACUGAUAAUUUAGAUGUUACUUGUACUUUAGGAAAUCCAUUUAUGACAGAAAAAAAUAUAUCAUUGGAUGUAGACAUGAGUCAAGUAAAAACUGAUGAGAAGUCAGUAGAAAUAUUUAUAAAAGUUUCUACUCAAAGUGAAAAUGUGAUACCUAUUCCUAUUCAACACAAUUUAACAAUUUAUUUCGACCUUGAUGCUGAUAUUACUGUUGCCGGAAAAGCUCAAGAUAGUCUAUAUUCUUUCGUGAAUGAAAAGAAAGAAAUUGAUAAUACUGGAAAAGAAACACUAGGAUCCAUGAGAUUCCAGCACGUCUAUGAAGUCCAGAAAUUUGGAGCUACACCUAUUCAACAGUCAACUCUAAAAAUUUUAGUACCAACUGCAAUGAUUACUAACAAAAAAAAUAUCGAAAUAGUAUCAAUCAAUGACACAUCAAUCUCACGUAUUGCUUUAUCUGGCAAAUUAAAUUCUCAUUGCACUCAACGACCACGUAAUUUAACUAAAAAAUGGGGCUAUUUAGAAGCUACUGAUGAUCUUAUAGACACAGGAUUUAGUGAUGAAAUAUUUAAUUUACCUCCUGAUGAACGAACACUCUAUUUGAACUGUUCGAAUCCUUUGAUUGUUUGUAAAGAAGUAUAUUGUGUUUUCGAAUCGCCGACAAAUUCAUCAACUAUAGCUGAAGUGACAUUGACGAUGGAUUUACUUUUGAAUAAUUUUAAUAAUACAAUGGACGGAAAAGAUAUAAUUUACUUUGUGUCAAAUGGCCGUGCAAGUAUUACAAUGCCUAAAGGAAUCAUUCAAAAAAUUGACCAUAAGCCUGAUUAUUUUCAAGUAAAAACAACCUUCGUUGGUUCACCAGUUGCAAGUCAAGUUGCAACAUGGGUCAUAGCAUUGUCAGUGUUUCUUGGAAUUUUGUUACUUAUUUUGUUAACCUUUGGUUUAAUAAAACUUGGAUUCUUCGAUAGAAAGAAGAAGGAAGCAUUAGAGGCAUUAAAAGCUAAUGAAAAUACCAAAGAAGGCUUUGUUUUGGAAACAACUUCGUCGAGAGAAGCUCUGAGCGAUUAAUUAUUUUGGUUGUUUAUUAGAGAUUUAUUAAUAUAACUGAUAUAUUUGUAUUAUAUUUUAUAAAGAUUUUAU